GGUGCCCGCGGCUUCCCCAGUCCCCGCUGCCCCGCCGUGGGUGCGUGCGUUGAGUGGGUGCGCGGGGCUGGGCGCGCUCGGUUCGGCUCGGCUCGGCUCAGCUCCCGAUCGGCCCGGCACCGUCGCUUCCCGGCCCGCCUGUGCCCGGUGCCCUGCCCGCACCUCGCCCGUGCCCUUCACUCGCUCUUCGGGCGCGAGUCCCCGCCGCCUGCCUCCGAGUGGGAAUGCUAGAACGGGACUGAUGGACGUUUCGGAACUCUGCAUCCCGGAUCCCCUGGGCUACCACAACCAGCUGCUCAGCAGGAUGUCCGCGGAUGACCGGCACCUGGGGUCCAGCUGUGGUUCUUUCAUCAAGACCGAACCUUCCAGCCCGUCCUCGGGCAUCGACGCUCUCAGCCACCACAGUCCCAGCGGAUCCUCCGACACCAGCGGCGGCUUCGGCUUGGCCCUGGGCACCCACGCUAACGGGCUGGACUCGCCGCCCAUGUUCACGGGCGCUGGGCUGGGGGCCACCCCGUGUCGCAAGGGCUACGAGGACUGUGCCAGCAGCAUCAUGGAGGAUUCGGCCAUCAAGUGCGAGUACAUGCUCAACGCCAUCCCCAAACGGCUCUGUCUGGUGUGCGGGGACAUUGCUUCUGGCUAUCACUACGGCGUGGCCUCCUGCGAGGCCUGCAAGGCUUUCUUCAAACGGACCAUCCAAGGGAACAUAGAGUACAGCUGCCCAGCCACCAAUGAGUGCGAGAUCACCAAACGGAGACGCAAGUCAUGCCAGGCCUGCCGCUUCAUGAAGUGCCUCAAAGUGGGUAUGCUGAAGGAAGGAGUGCGCCUGGACCGUGUGCGUGGUGGCCGCCAGAAGUAUAAGCGCCGGCUGGAUUCUGAGAGCAGCCCCUACCUGAGCCUGCAGAUCUCGCCGCCUACUAAAAAGCCAUUGACCAAGAUUGUGUCCUACCUGCUGGUGGCCGAGCCCGACAAGCUCUAUGCCAUGCCUCCCCCUGGCAUGCCCGAGGGGGACAUCAAGGCCCUGACCACACUGUGUGACCUGGCUGACCGGGAGCUGGUGGUCAUCAUUGGCUGGGCUAAGCACAUUCCUGGCUUCUCCAACCUCUCGCUGGGGGACCAGAUGAGCCUGCUGCAGAGUGCCUGGAUGGAAAUCCUCAUUCUGGGCAUCGUGUAUCGCUCACUGCCCUACGAUGACAAGCUGGUGUAUGCGGAGGACUACAUCAUGGACGAGGAGCACUCACGCCUGGCAGGGCUGCUGGAACUCUACCGCGCCAUCCUGCAGCUGGUGCGCAGGUACAAGAAGCUGAAGGUGGAGAAGGAAGAGUUCGUGACGCUUAAGGCCCUGGCUCUGGCCAAUUCUGAUUCCAUGUACAUCGAGGACCUGGAGGCCGUACAGAAGCUGCAGGACCUGCUGCACGAGGCACUGCAGGACUACGAGCUGAGCCAGCGCCACGAGGAGCCACGGAGGACGGGCAAGCUGCUGCUGACGCUGCCACUGCUGCGGCAAACAGCAGCCAAGGCGGUGCAGCACUUCUACAGCGUCAAACUGCAGGGCAAGGUGCCCAUGCACAAACUCUUCCUGGAGAUGCUCGAGGCCAAGGUCUGAGCCAGCCAGCACCCUCUGAAUAGACACACGGCCAGCCGGCUGCCCGGCGCCGACGCCUCCCAGCCACCAGCCUCGCCCUCAGUCCCUGGCUCUGGCCAUGACAUGUGGAGAAGGCGCUUUCCUGCCUCCUUCCCGUCGUGUGCAGACUCUUGGGUGCAGUGGGCGGGAAACCAGGGAUGGGGUGCAGGGUGCUGGGCUCAUCGAAAUGGCUUUUUCUCUGGGAUGAUUAUCCUUCUCCGUGAGCAGUGCCGCGGGGCCUGGGCCAGGCUGACUCCCCUCAAUAUGGGAGAGCACCAAGGAUUCCCCUUUCCCUCCAGACCACCAGGAUGCAGCAUGUACAUUUCCUUGUUCCCCCCCAUUCUUGCCUCCUUCCCCACCAGCUUCUCCACCCACAACCUGGGUGAGCGCUGUUCUGCUCACGAUCCCAGUAGGCUUGGCUUGGGGUCCCCUAGAGACUUUCCUGCCUUGUAGGAGAUUUGGAGGGGUGGCCCCUCAAUAAACCCUGCACCUUCCAAAGUCCA